CGCGGGUCAUCAAGCGACGGGAGAAUCGACCGCUGUUUGUGUUGUGCGUUCCGUCAGUUCUUCAAGUGCCGUGUUCGCGUCCGGACGUCCGUGCCUUUGCAUUUACUCGACCGUUGUCUUUUGCUCCACCGACCAAGUUGCUCCAUUUCGGCUAGCCCUUUUUGCGCCGUUUUAGAAACGCAGCUUAUCACCGUUUCCAGCACCUUUCACACGGCUUUGUUGUUAGUGUCAAUUCGGCGUUCGGCCAUCGGAUUAUAAGGCUCCAACUGUUGCGAUCUCGUUGCAGCAUCUUGUGAACCGAGAAAAGCGGCCCCAAAAAAGAAAAAAAAUCAGACGAGGAUAAACGAAAUCGAUUUAAAAGCAAAACACACCGAAAGCAACGUACCAACGAUGUCGACCAACCGUGCACCGAAAUCUGGUUUCGCCGCCGAAGCCCAGCGAAAGAUCAACUCAAAGUACAGCGAAGAGCUGGCCGCCGAAUGUCUGGAAUGGAUCAAGGAGGUAACCGGCGAGCCGAUCAACACGUCCGGCGAUAUGGAUAACUUCUUCGAGGUGCUAAAGGACGGCACCGUCCUCUGCACGCUGGUCAACGCGAUCGAGGCCGGCACGGUGAAGAAGGUCAACACCAGCAAGAUGGCGUUCAAGUGCAUGGAGAACAUUUCCGCCUUCCUGGAGGCUGCGAUCAAGUUUGGCGUACCGCCGCAGGAAACGUUCCAGAGCGUGGACCUGUGGGAGCGACAGAAUCUCAACUCGGUCGUCAUCUGCCUGCAGUCGCUUGGGCGCAAAAUGGCCAAGUACGGCAAGCCCUCGAUCGGCCCGAAGGAGGCGGACAAGAACGAACGCCAGUUCAGUGACGAGCAGCUGCGGGCCGGCCAAACCGUCAUCUCGCUGCAGUAUGGCUCGAACAAGGGAGCCACCCAGAGUGGCAUCAACUUUGGCAACACUCGGCACAUGUAAACGUGAGCUGCGCGGGAAGAUGGCAUACCCUGGAGCGGACAUGGUGCGGGCGGUUGCUGCGCCCGGGCGGAUGUCUGUUUCGUGUAACAUUCGCGUGUGUUUCUUAGCAUCGUAAGCAGAACUCAGUUGUAGCGUAGAGUCGAGGAAAUCGUUGCAUAUCUUCGUCCGGUAGUCGGCAGUAUGUUUACGUAAACCAGUUACGUACGUGCGCCGGAAACACGACCUGUGCAAGCACAAGGAAGCGAGGGUGAAAAGGGAAAAAAACAACAAACAACAGAACAAACUUUUAGCUUCCAAGCAACCUUAACUUUGACCGUCUUCCCAUCCGGAGGCCAAACGCUGAAGCAACUUAUUCAUUAGAUCAAUGACGACAAUUUUCCAGAAAGUGCAUUUCGGACGAGAAAAAUAAAGAGUAGGGCGAGAGAAAAAUUAAACAAUUACGAAAUAACGUACCUUUUUAAUAUCGGAAUACGAUAGCGCCUUAGAAAAUGAGAGACUUUGAAUUGGCAUAGUCGAAGUGGAAGCAGAGAAAUAUUUACCACAAGCACAACUUUGAUAUUUCCCCCCGUUUGUAACGCAUAUUUUCCCUCCUGCCCCUGGUCCCUGUUAUCAUUCCAACAAUAUCGUAUGAAUUAGGAGCCAAACCGAAAUAUUGUUCACCCACAACUUACACAUUCCAUAGUACGUUACGAAUCAUACCGACUAGCAACAAGUUUGGCCAAUAAUUAGACUUUAUGGUCGAUGUGGAACCAUUCUCAUACCAGGUGGACCGCAGCCGAUGUAGUGAACCUUUAGAGCCUAAUGACCCAAGAAGGUCGAUGAAGAACGUUGGUGCCAUUUGAUGAUAAAAGAAAAACAUAGUUGGAUUAUGCUAUCGCUCGUCACCGACGGCAAGAAAAUAAGGAGAUAAACACAACGAAAGGAUAGGUUAAGGACCCGGUCCCAAUCCUAGAUAAAACCCACUGCAGCGGGUGAUAGUUAUUAUUGCUUCCCUUGUUGGGUUUGUUUACUCCAAGACGAUUAUCGCAACAAACAAGGCGGCGCACAGCCAAGCGUUCUUCUCAAAUGGCAGCUUGUUGGAAUAGCAAAAGGUCCUGUUUUUCUGGUUCUCAAUAAUGAUCUAGCAAUAGGUGGCCUUAUCCCUCGUAGUCGGAAGUAGUGUUGUUAAUGGAUAUGGACCUAGAAAUUAGACAAACGUUUUGCAAUCGAUCAGAAUUUGGCAUCGUUGUAACAUGAGCAAUUCUACAGCGCAUUGAAAAGUAUUCAGCGCCCAACGUCCAAGCGAAAAAUUAUAAUCGAGGUAUAUUUUCCGAGAUAUGUUUUAUUCUAUGCCUGAUAUUUGUUCCGUUAUGCCCUAAGUUUGUGCUUUUGAAUCACAUGUCGUUUUUGUUUUCUGAGAUCAUUUACAAUGCGAAAAGUCGUAAAUUAUUGACAGUAUACAUAAAUAUUUCUUUUGUUUAAUGUAAUUGUAAAAUGAUAAGUUAUUGUCUAAUAAACCAGAGAACAAACGGUAAAAGGA